AUGGCGAAGAACAAGCCUAAGACGGAUAACUCCCGUGCAGCACGCCGGGCAGCGUCCCCCAGCUUGGACGUGGACAAGUCCUUGACCUCUUUGCCCCGAGCUGAAUCUCCAAACGUUAAACGUCCCUCCGUCUUGUCCGAUCGCAGGAAUUCUGGUAUCCAGAAGAAGCAGAAGCAGAAGAAGUUGACAAGGGCACAGCGUUUGAGACAGCAGAAGGGCAUGGAUAGAGCUGAGGCGGUCUUGGACCAGAUGGAAAUCAAAAAGGUCAGAAGUGCGAGCCGACAAAAGACUGUCAAAGAUCGGAGGGGCGAAUGGGAAGAACUCAACCGGAAAUCGACCGCAUUUGCAGCUCUCCAACAAGACGAUGCGGGAGACGAUGACGAUGACGAUGACGAUGCCAUGGCCGAAAAUCCCGAGAAACCCAAGACCAAACCAAAUCCUUUCGCAUCUGCAAAUGUGGCGGAGACCCCGGCUGCGAGCGACCCUGCGCUGCUUGACGAAGAUGAUGAGAUCACCUGA